AUGACCCCUGUUACUCGGUCGGAGGCCAAAAAUUCACUUAAAUUUGCAAACCUCCCAACAGAGACUCUGCAACUGAUUUUUGGCUGGUUUUGCUUGCACUGUCGUGGAAAGGAUCAGUUAAUUCCUCCAUAUACAAACCUGUAUGGCACUCAGCAGCGUGACAAGCCAUCUUGGUACUCCCUGGAGCGGCAUACGCUAUUCUCACUAUGCUUAGUCUCCAGGCGCUUUUGCGGCAUUGCUCAGGCCAUUUUGUACCAUGAGUUUGUCCUUGGAUACGGUGACUCGUGGCUUUCUAUGAUCUAUGUAUGGAAUGGCCGACUUACGUCUUUUAUGCGGGUGGUGACACAGCGACAAGACCUGGCUGCACUUGUAAAGAGGAUUUAUAUCCACCCAUACUUGCUGGAAUUUAUCGACAAUAAGGAGGCUCAAGCCACGCUUAGGAAUGCUGCGCAUGCACUGAGAAUUAAACCAAGCGGCGAUCUGGUUACCAUGUUACUUGCUGCGUUGCCUAACCUAGAACACUGUAGCCUUCAAGUCCGCACAUUUCCGAUUGACAGUGUUUCCUUGUCAGAUUUAUAUGCAGCUGGUAUUUCGCGCCUGCCUUUUAAAACCAUUGAUAUUUCUCUGCAUGCCUCAUCAAGGCAGUCAUGCUAUCACCUACUUAGACUGGACAUGCGUGCGCUUACCAUUUUUAAACUGUCUACAUGCCUGGAGACGCUUAAUCUCCACAUGUGUGGUGGUAUUAGGCGCCGGGAUUUAUUUCCUUUCCUGCCAAAUCUUAAGACCCUUCGUAUCACUUACAGCAGACUUAGUGAGCAGGAUCUUGAAGGCCUUCUUUCUUCUUGUAACAGUCUACGCACCUUUGUGUACGAGGCUACUGGUCAUCCUAUGCAAAACAUAUAUCGUUGCCCUAUGCUUGAUGGCAGUGAUCACUUCCAGCCAUUUAAUGCUGUGAAAUAUCUUAGCCGCCACUGCGCAACCCUUAAAUCGCUGCACCUCGACCUUCGACUGCGGGAUUUGUCCACUAGGACUGACGGUAGAAACACCUUUAGCUUUCAAGGCUUCACUGCACUGGAACACUUGUUUUUUAAUCCAAGCGAGUUAUACAGGCGCCCCUUGGCAGAUUCGCCCGCAGAUUCCCAGCUCCUGGUCCAGCUUCUUCCCCCCAGCAUUAUAUCACUACAUCUUGCUGGCCCUAUCAGCCAUGCCCUUCCACGCUUGGUAAAGGGCCUGCUCAGCCUUGUGGACUCUGUAUCACAGGGUAAAUUCCCCAGCCUGAAGCAGGUUAGAUGCGAUGCGGAACAGAGACCAGAUAAUAAGUAUACCAUGAGCGCGAUAUUCGCGGCCGCCGGGAUCAGUUUUAGUUACAACAGUUGGCCACGAAGCGAGGCUACACUUAAAGACAGUGAUACGCAAUUACUUAGUCCUUCUUCGGAGCUACAUACUUUCUAUAACUAUGAUGACGAAUAUUUGGAGCCAAUGCUGUUACCAUUAGAGGAGGAUUAUGAGGAUCUCUAG